AUGAUUUCCUUAGGAUUCGAGUUGCAAUGGGUAUUGAUUGUGGCGCCGACGGUGGUGCACGUUUUCGGUGGUGAUGCAGAGGGAGAGAAAUCGUCUCCAGAUUGCUGCAAAAGCUCACGCUGCUCAGUUAACAGCUUCUCCCGAGCUGAAAUCUCAGGUGUAGCUCCACUCGUUUCUUCUUACUUGCUAGAACUUCCAACAAUUGAGUUCUUCAAAAGAGACCCUUUUACAUAUAGAUUGGUGGUUGAUUUCAAGAGAUUGUGGGUCCGAUGA